GAGGCACUGGGUGGUGGAUACUGGGCAAUGGGAAGCAAUGGGACGGUUCUGGUGUUGCAGAGCGCUGUGUGCAGUGCUGGAGCACGACACCGGGUGGUGCUGGUGCUGAGGACUGGGAUGCACUGGGCAGUACUGGUGGGGGGCACUGGGAGGCGCUGGGCACUACCGGGUGUAAGGCAGUACCGCCCCCUCCAUUCAUAUUCACGUGGGAGCCCUUAGCAGCCUCCUAUUGGUCUCCUCGCAGCCAAUCAGCGGCGGCGCGCGGAGGAUUCGAGUGCGGCAUGAAUGGCGCAGGGUGGCAUGAAUGGAGCGGGGCGGCUGUGCGGGGCGCUGCGGGGAGGGCGAGAGGAGGUGGUGGAGCUCCUCCUGCAGCACGGGGCAGACCCCAACGUGCUGCUUGCAAUGGGGUUCGCCCCCAUUCACCUGAGUGCUGCAGUGGGGGGCGUGCGCUGCUUGAGGCUGUUGUUGAGCUACGGAGGGGACCCUAAUGCCAGGAGCGCCGAGGGGCUCACACCGCUGCACGUCGCUGCGUCCUGGGGGAGCUGCGGGUGCUUGGAGCUGCUGCUGCAAAAUGGGGGGGACCCGGAACUGCGGGACCAGGACGGGAAACGAGCCAUUGAUCUGGCGCUGGAGCGGGGCCAUGUGCUGUGCGUGCGGCUCCUGCGGGACUGGAGCCUCCCAGCCCCCCAGGGAGCCCGACGCUCACUGUCCUUCUUGACCGAGGAUUGCAGCGAUGCGGAGCUGCUGAGCAGCACCCGCGUGUCCCAGCUGCAGGAGCCCGGCCUAUGGGGCAGCUGUGGGUCGGGGGAGCCCCCGUGCUGUGCUCAACCCUGCUCGGGUCCCUCCCUCACCCCAUGGCUCCCAGAGGGUCCAGCUCUGCCCCUGCAGCCCCUGGCAUCCAGCACAUUGCUCUGGGAUGGGCAUGAGCAUGAGGAAGUACCCCUAGAGGGGAUGGGGGUGCACAUCUCUCUGCAGCCCAGUGCUGGGGCCAGGAGUCCCCCACAGCCCCUGCGUUGCAGUGGGGACCGUGGGGUGCUGGAAGCAGGAACCAGAGGCCGUGACCUCCCUGGGGACAGCAGCGUGGAUAGCGAGCGCUUCGUCACUGCAGUGGAGAUGCUGGAACCCAGCGGGGCUGAUGUGUGCCCAGGAGAAGCCCCCUCCUCAGCAGGACCCAGGGAGCUGCCCACCCAGAGCCCCUCAGCUGCAGAGGAGCUGUCUGUGCUGUUGCAGGGCUGCAGCCUCGAGUGCUCCCCCACACACACCCUGCAGCUCCCUUGCAGCCCAGCUGACACUGCUGCAGGGGAUGUCACUUUGCAGCCCCCCCAGUUCUGCCACGUCACCCCCCGCACCAAGAGCCGCCUUCAGGCCUCAGCAGCAAGGCUCAGUGCUUCCUCCUCUUCCUCCUCCUCCUCCCUCUUCGAUGCCAGCCUGGAUAAGCCCCGCAGGCCCCCCCGGCUCAGAGCACCCAGGGGUGUCCCCAGGGAUCCUGCCACCCCCCCAGGGCACUGCAUUGCACUCAGUGGUGAGGAUGAAUCUGGUGGGGUUGGAGAAAGCACACGGUCCUCAGAUGACACCCAGAUCCUCCCCAGGAACCCCAGCAAGCUCAGCUCCCCCCCGGGUACCAGCAGCUCCAGCCCCACAGUGCUGCUGGCUCCUGGGGGUCCCAGCCAUCCCCAGGACUCCCCAUUAAAUGCUCAGGGUUCUCCCAGCUCCACAGUGCUGCUGGGUCCUGGGGUUGCUCACAAGCUCCAGGAUUCCCCAUCAUGUGUUCAGUGCUCCCCUUCUGCUACUGCCCAUGGGGUGCUGGAGCCAAGGACCCCAAUGACGCCAUGCCCAUUCAAAGACCACAGUCUGCACCGCCCUGUGGAACCUGAUAGAUGCCAGCUCAGUGAGCAGCACAGCCCAAAUGCUGAGGCCACCAGACCUGGGGACAGGGACCAAGUGCAGUCCCUGCGGGUGCUCUCAGAUGAAGCUCUCCUCCAGCGGCUACGAGCGCUGGGCUACGACCCAGGACCCAUCACAGUCCUCACCCGGCGUGUCUACCUGCGGCGGCUGGAGGAGCUGAGCCGCAGCCCAGCAGGGCACAGCCCUGAGCUGGCAGAUGCGCUACGCACCGGCCACAUCCCCAACUGCACUGAGGAUGAGAUGGUGUUGGCACGGCAAUUCGACCGCCCCGACCAGAACCGGCAUUGGCGUGAGGGGCUGCUGAAAUCCAGCUUCAAUUACCUCCUGCUCGACCCCAGGACCACUCAGGACCUCCCGUUGCGCUGCCACCGCCUGAGCCCUAUGGAGUGCUUCAAGACCUUUGUUGAUGCCAUCUUCUAUGUGGGCAAAGGAACACGUGCCCGGCCCUACAGCCACCUCACUGAGGCUGUGAGCCAGCACCGCAAGGGGACAAGCAAGGGCUGUCCUAAAGUGCGGCGCAUCCUGGAGAUCUGGGCGAGUGGGAUGGGUGUCAUCUCCUUGCAUUGCUUCCAGAGCAGUGUGCCAGCUGAGGCUUAUACACGGGAGGGCUGCUUGCUGGAGGCCCUGGGGCUCCGUGCUGUCACCAAUCAGCGGAAAGGGAACUGCUAUGGUGUGGCAGCCAGCUGGUCCCCAGCACGGCGCCGGCGCCUGGGUGUCCAUAUGCUGCACAGGGCAAUGAGCAUCUUCCUGGCUGAGGGUGAGCGGCAGCUGCGGCCAUCUGACAUCCAGGCUGGGCGCUGAGCCCCCCCCUGAACCCCCACCCACCACCAACAGGGGCUGGAGACACCCCCUGCUCUUCCCGAGGCUGCGCUCCGGGGUUGCUUUUAACGUUGUAAACGAUGGCGAGAACGUGUCUAUUUAUUUUCUCUCUCUACCCCUACGUGAUGAUGAGUAAAUGGCUGCAAACAGCUCAGAGCCGUGCCUGC